AGCGGAGCGAGUAAAUACUAGCGAGAGAAGCCUCAAGAUGGCGGACUCGCCGAGCUCCGUUCGCUUCAGCAGCGGAGCCGCGGCGACCGCCCCCGUUGCAAACCCGCUCCCCAAGUCCGAAAACCGCCCGCAGUCUUCGCGAGACUUGAACGCGCCGCCGCCCAAGAAGCUCCGAGUCGAGGAGAGGAGCGUCAAACCAAAGAAAGUCGUCCGGGAUGGAGGGCUGCUGGGAGGCAACUGUGGCGGCAAGGAGAAACUCCAGCAGCCGACGAAGCAACCGUGUCUCGCGGCGGGUUUGUGGAGCCUCAGCCCGGCCAACGCCAGCGCCGCUUUGGUCCACACAAUCGGCGGAAGCCAAGCGGCAGUCGCUACUGGGCACAAAAUCUUGAAGCAGAGCGAUUUCUUCCUCCACAAGGCGCCUAAAAUCAAGAAGCCGAGCAAGGAUAAACAGCGCGAGAAGGGAGACGCGAAAAAGAAACUCUUCGUGACGCCCGCUAACAACGACAUUGGCAGAUUCGACCACAUUUCUCCAAUCAAAAGACAAAAUGGGGAUGUCGCGUUGCCACAUAAAGAACUCCUGAACAAGGACAAGACUAAAGACCAGGAGCGUGAGGAGAAGAAGAAGCACAAAGUGAUGAACGACAUCAAGCGGGAGAAUGGAGAGGUCAAGCAGCCCAUUAAAGAUGGAGGCGUCCAAGCCGAGCUGGACUCGGAGCUGCAAAUCAAAAAAGUCAAGAAGAAAAAGAAGAAGAAACACAAAGAGGGGGAGAAGCACAAGCGCGUGAAGAUGUACCACCGCUCGUGCCAAACCGUUUGCGCCGGCUUGCUCCUCUUGCCCUCCCCGCCGCCUCACCUCGACAAUUCCUCCACCGCCGCGGCGUCCCCGUUUAAACUGCCCCUGCCCGUUCACCCCCCGCCCAACAACAAGAGCGCCCACCUGCACUCGCCGUACGUCAACUCGUCCCCGCACAAGAGCCCGGGGCGCCACAUCCAUCCCGGCCUUUCGGGCCUGGAGUUCGCCCCUUACAUCCACAUCGAGACGCAGCCCAACGGCGGCGCUCUGGUGGCCCACACCUACGCCUCGCAGCUGGCCUCACUCUCGGCGGCCCAGAGGCGGCGAUUCGCCCAGGAGUUUGUCACGCUGGCCUUCAGCGAGGACUCGGCGCAGGCCGCUCAUUACGUCAUGGGCAUCGUCCACGGAGAAGCCUCCUACCUGCCCGACUUCCUGGACUACUUUUCCACCAAGUUCUCAUCAGCGCCGGUCAAAAUGGAGAUCCUGGGAAAGAAGGACAUCGAAACCACCACAAUGGCGAAUUUCUACUCUCAGGUGAAGAGAACUUACAGCCACGGCACGUACCGAGCCGGGGCGAUGAGGCAGAUCAGCCUGGUGGGAGCCGUGGAUGAGGAGGCGGGCAAUUUCUUUCCGGAAUUCCUCGGCAUGCUGGAGGGGUCGCCCUUCCUGAAGCGCACACUUCCAUGGGGGACCAUGUCCAGCCUGAGCCUGAUGAGCCCCGACGAGAGCGACGACGGGCCCAUCAUGUGGGUGAGGCCGGGAGAGCAGAUGAUCCCGGUGGCCGACAUACCAAAGUCUCCUUUCAAGAGAAAACGUUUCCUUCACAGCUCCACCAACGAGGUGAAGAACCUCCUCCAGUCCCUUCCCAGGACCAGCGAGCCCAGGGAGAUGCUCUUUGAAGACAGGACCCGGGCCCACGCCGACCACAUCGGCCAGGGUUUCGAGCGCCAGACCACGGCGGCGGUGGGGGUGCUGAAGGCCGUCUGCUACAAAGAAGGCUUGGACCCUCCUCGCGUAACCAAAGACGUGGUGUGCUUCCACGCCGCCGAUUUCCCGUACGUGGUUCAGCGGCUGCAGUUGGAUCUUUAUGAACCGCCGCUCUCGCAGUGUGUGCAAUGGGUGGACGAUGCCAAGCUGAACCAGCUUCGUCGGGAGGGCAUCCGCUACGCCCGCAUCCGGCUGUGUCACGACGACGUCUACUUCAUCCCGCGCAACGUGGUCCACCAGUUCAAGACCGUGUCGGCCGUCUGCAGCCUGGCCUGGCACGUCCGCUUACGGCAGUACGAGCAGGGAGGCCAGGGAGAGGAAGUGAAGGAGGAAGAGGAGGAGCUGGACCUGAUGGAAGAAACCAAGGGCGAGGAACAGGAGAGGAUCAAAGUAGAGGAGGAAGAGGAGGAGUUGGGUGCAGCCAGGAACAGGACGUUGCCAACACUGGAAGAUCUGCCGCCUUCUGAUUGUCCGCCGCCGAUGCGCUCAGUGGACUCGCAAGCGAGAGCGAGCGACAAGCCGGAGGAGAAGGAGGUUGCACAGGAUGACGCGAGGCCCAAACGUCCACAGUCGCCGCCGAGCCGAGUCACAGCAGAGCUGCCCAAAAGGAGCAAACCUUCAUCACCUCGCCCUCACCAGCCUGACAGAAAAGCCACAAAAAACACUCAUCACAACUUUCAUCAUCGUCAUCUGCCAAGCGCCACCACGCCGUCUUCCAGCUCGUCUCCGUUGUCCCCAAUGACCGCCUCGCCGCACUCCUCGUCUUUACGCCACCCGCUAGCUGCUGCCAGCCCUUCCUCCUCCGCCUCGUCUUCAUCGCAGAGCCCCAAGCCCCCGCCAGACUCUCACCCGCACCCUUCCCCGGAAUCCACGUCUUCCCGUGUGGCCCCCUCCCCUCAGAAGGACAAAGACUCGCCGCGCUUCAACCCGGAAGCGGGCGCCGACCGGCGGGCUCCCGCGUCCUUGGACUUCCACGCCCACCUCGGUUCCUAUGGCGACGCACGGACUCACGCGCCGACAGAAAAGUGGACUCACGGCGUGGACAUGAGCCCCCGGACGUUCGUGCACGCUCACCACCUGCAGCAAUAUCCUCCCCCCAUGCCACCUCCCCACCACCUCCCCCAAAUGUUCCCCCCUUCCUAUUCGCCGCUCCUGCCUCACUCGCACCUCCCCCACAGACCUCCUCCCCCCUUCCUCAGUCAGGUGCCGCCUCCCCACCCAGUUCACAUCAGCCCACUGCACCUGCCCCCCCCACACCCGGGUGACGCCACCACCCAGACCCAGCACUACUACCCCCAAAUGGCCCCCCUCAUGUCCCCCCACCACUUCCACCCUCACCCCAAGCCCUUCUACCCCCCACAUUACCCCACGCUCCCCUUCCUCCCCUCCCAGCCCUUCCCCAACCACCCUCCUCCCCCCCAUUACCAACCCAUGGCACCGGCCCCGCCUCUCCAUCCUCCACCUCACACCUUCGCCCCGCCUCCCCCGCCACCGCCCUCCUCUUCUGCCUCUCCCCCGCCGCCUCCCCCUCUCCCCCCACUCCCCCCAAACAACGAGGAGGAAGAGGAGCGGAGUCUCUAGGGCUUUUCUACCUAACAAUUUGGUUUUCCCAGAUUAAAUUGUACAGCUUUCCUUUUGCUGGUGUUGUAAAAUGAUGUAAAAAGGAAAGUGGUUUUCAAAAAUCCCAGUAUGCUUUGAAAAGUGUUAUAAACCAGGUAAGCCGAGUCUCAUUUUGGAAGAUUGACGUUUUACCGUUCAACUUGCAGCUAAUGCUUCCAAUUGUGCCCGAGACGUUUUAUGAAACAAAAACAAGAAAAACCCGCCACCUUACACAACACUCGCCCCGUGUUGUAAUACAAUGGCCGAGACAAUAUUACGUAAUAUGAUAACACUUCCUCCCGAGAUGUUACUAUUUUUAAAUCGAGGCGUCGCCCACGGUUUCAGCCGUUGCCAUGUUGUCUUACCGGCCGAUGUCACAAAUGGCAGGUAGCCCGACGAAUAAUUAUUAUGAGUCAUAAUCAUGCACUCUCGAAACUGCCGAGUGAAAAGUGACCCGUUUUUCAACCUCUUCGGCGUACAUCCACGUCAUUUCCGGCGGUCCACAGGGGAGAUGUUGUGUUCUUCCGAGAUUUUUAUGCACACACCGCCAAGAUGGUUUUUAAGCUCAUCACGAAUGUCGACUUCCAAAAGCGCUUAGUGACGGACAUUCUGCUUCCAAAUUUUGAAACUAUUUGUCUCUUGUUGUCGCACAGUCGUGGAAUGUUUCCUGUCGCUUCCUCCCCACUUGCUAAUGUAGCCCACGACAUUCCCCCCCCCCCCCGAGUGCCUGUCCUCAACUGUAAACUAUGGAAUGUUCACACAGAGAUUUUGUUGUGUUGCUUCAUCAUCCCAAAGUUUCCCACUUUGACCCCCCCUCGCCCACACACACUGGAAAAUUAGACCAAAGCCUUAAAAAAUGGUCAGCAAGCCGAGUUGUGUUUUCUGCCAUUUAGUCUCGCAGCUAGAGUGGCAAAUAUUUCCAAAAUGUAAGCUAGUUCUCAUCUAUUUUUUGCAGAAGGCUUCACUUGAGAGGUGAAGGACAAUAUGAAGCUUUUUUUUUUUUUUUUUUAAACAGUUCAGGUGUGGUCAGCCAGAAAUGGAAAAACCUGACAUGAUCUUUCUAUUUGUGUUCAAACUCGCAAUGACCGUAGAAAGUCUUCAGGGACUUGUUUUUUUCAGGAUUAUUUAUCAAUUGUGUGUUUUUCUAUUUGAUUUUAGCCAUUUUCUUUUUCACUGUCAGCACUGUAGUGUAUAUAAGAGGUUUUGUAAAGACAAACGCGUAGAAGGGUUUCUACUUUAAAUAAAUAAGAGCCAAACUAAUAAAAGGCUCACUGGAU